UCUGGUCUAUUGGGAUUCACCUCAAUUUAAAGCUAAAUCUGAAAGUGGCAAAAAAAUGAGGGCAUCUGAAAAAGGUGGGCACGUUAAUGCUGGUGGAAGUAUAAGCACCUACGAACAUAUGCGACGCAUGGAAAAGAGGUUGGGGAGAAAACCACUCAUGGUUGAGUUAGUUAAGGAGACUCGGACGAAAAAGUCGGGAGAGUAUGUUGAUGAGCGUACACGGCUAGCUUUGGAGGAUUAUCAAGAAAGGCUUGUACAGUUUUUGGUCACUAAUCCGCAAUUUACUCCUAGCGAAGGACAACCGCUUCAUCCAGAUGUUGAUUUUUAUAUUUGGAAUGAAGUCAUUGGCGGAAAAGGUCGUAAUGGAUGUUUUUUUGGUGGUGGAAGUAUGGCGGGAUGCUUGAGAAGUGGUGAUAGAAAUUUAUUUGAAAGAGUAAGAGAUGGGGAAGGAACGUCACGCCCAGCACAAUUGUCCCCACAAAUGAUGGAAACAAUAAGACAAUUGGCGAUAAGUGAGGCGAGACGCGAGUCAGAGCAACGUGAGAUGGCGUUAAAAGCCCAAUUAGAGGAGCAACAACGGCAAAUAGAGGCAAUGACGAAGAGGCAAGCGGAGAUGGAGGGGCAACAAAGCCUAAUAGAGAGAAUGGCCAAGAGGCAAGCGGAGAUGGAGGAGCAAAUGCGGCUAUUUAUGCAAUUCCAGGGAAACGGUAAUCAAAUGUUUGGUGGAAACGUUGGAGUUGGUGGUGCCUCGACAAAUCAACAAGAUAAUGAUGAAGAUUUAAACCUUGAUGAUUUUCCCGAUCCAGAAGAUACUUAA